GGGAUUUACGGUCAAAUAAGAAAAAUGUAAUGGAGUUAUUGGUCUUAGGUUACAACUUUUUUUGGCGGCUUUCUUUGUCGAACAGCUGUGAAGUUUAAGUAUUAUGUCGCAGUCAACUAAUGUCGAUGUCAUCUCGGGCUAUGUGAAGGUUCUUCCUAGCAGUAGAGAUGAAUCAAGUGACACAGAAGAUGACGACAAUGACGAUGAUGAUGCUUGGCUUGACUUUGCAGAAAUGUCCGCUAUGGCAGGUGGAGCUCAGUUUAUACGGUGCUCAAAACCAAAAGAACAAAGAGUCACACUCAGCACAGUUGAUGAUAGGAACCGCUAUCUGUUUGUUGGACGUCUAGUUCUUUUUGACCCAUGGUGGCUGGUCACAUCAGCAUAUGUGAAGAAGAGCAACACGUUCUAUGGCCGUGGAUUCCCCAUGUACGACCUCAGAAGAGAUCCCGUAGUUAGUAGACAUCGACUUGUUCAGCAGUUUCUCACGGACUCUACGCGUGUUGAAGGGACCAAUGAGCCCUUAGUUGAAGAACUACUCGACUACAUACAGCAAACUGGUGAUGAUAAUCACAUGACAUUUGACAUGUUAGAAGAGAAAAUGACUGAGUUCAGCCAGGAUGACGAACACAAGCUGAAGUACAUCAGAUCUCUUGUCUGGAAAUCAUGGAAGGGCAAGAUGGUAAGAUUUUCUCUGAUGUUUCCAAACUUAUUUAAGAUGGCAUGCAGGCUGUUGCCAUAUUACCUGUUGAAGCUGGUUACAAGUGACUAUGAUGAAGAAAAGUGCACAGAGCUUGAUGAAGUAAUCCGUAAUUCCCCUUGGGUGUUUGGUUUCAAACAAAUUCUGUCACGUGAAUACAAUCUCACAGGGAUGGAAGCCAAUAUUUCUAUGUUUGAGACAUCUGGCAUUAUCAACGAUGUUCCUCCUGUAGAGCGAGACGCUCUCUACCUUUACAACGCUCUCAAGCUGGAUGCCCGGCAGAGGGGUCACACCUACUUCCCGCUGCAAAAACUCAAGUAUUCUGAGCGUUAUUUCAAACAGUAUGUUGUGAGGAAGUGGAAAAAGGCUCUCGAGUUUCUCGAAGCCAACCAUGUGAUUUACAUAGAACCCGAAGGCAAAUGUCAAAACAUAUUCCUCUACUCCAACUGGAAGGCCGAACGUGACGUAGCAGACGGACUGAGGAGUCUGCUGGUCAGAGGGACGAGAGAUCCACCGAAAUGGAAAGUGGACUUUUCCAGUGCUGACUUUGAAGCGAUUCGAAAGGAUCAAGACCAGUGGUUAGCGACCCAUCUGGUGAGUAACUCUCCAGUCACUGUGCUGUCUGGGAAAGGAGGGUGUGGCAAGACUACUGUUGUGACAAAGACUCUGGAACAUAUCUGCAAACAGAGCGAAGCUUUACUCGGUUCGGUGUUGAUUGAACGACAGCUGUCUGAAUGUGAUGCAGCUAACACACCAGACGAUGACGUGACCCAUUACGACGUCGCAAUGCAGACAUCCAUUGACAAACAAGAGAAAGAUUGUCUGUCGGACACUAUGCUCGGCAGUCAGAUUCUUCUGACGGCACCCACGGGGAAAGCUGCCAACCUGCUCGGCCACAAAGCGAACCUGAAGUCCUGCACACUGCACAGUAUUAUCAUGAGUUACAAGAUGCACUGCAUCGAGCGACAGAAACGAAGGAAGGAGGGAAAGGACCCACCAGUGUGGACGCACAGCGGUAAGAAAGUCUUAGUUGUCGACGAAUGCAGUCUAGUUUCCGUGGGAACGUUUGCAACUGUGUUGAACAUUCUGCUUUCCCAGUGUCAGCUGAGCAAGAUUGUCCUGUUGGGGGACAUUCGACAGUUGCCGUCCAUCGAGCCAGGGAACUUUCUCACGGACAUCUUCCACUUGUUUCAGUGUUUAGGCUUCGGGAUUGAGCUACGAACGAACCAUCGGGCAGAGUCGCAGCUGAUUGUGGAGAACGCAACGAGAAUCUCAAAUCAACAGAGUCCGAGUUUUGAUUCUAUGAGGAAAUUUCAUCUGCUUGUUCCGGAGGUUGAAGAUGAUCAUUAUCGAGAUGUUGUGGUGAGGAAAUUACUCAAGGACUCUCCUGCUGUCAAGGAUCACGUGACUUCUCAGUUUGUGUCCUUCAGAAAGCGUGACUGUGAAGCGAUCAAUGAGAUCUGCUGUAGACACUACAACCAGCACAGUCUGAAAACGCCCAAGAACAAACUGGACUUCAAGGUUGGAGACAAAGUCUGCAUGACAAAAAACGGCUCCAUCGUAAACCAUCUGAAUCGACUGCCGGAGAACAUCGAAGAGGAAGCACAAGAACUAGCCGAUCCUAACAGGACAAUUUCAGUUUUAACUCCAGCUAAGUGGACACACACUAGAAAUAAUAUUUCAGUCAGUGAGAAACUGGACUCUACGUCGUGCAAUGAUUCAGUCAGCCAGGAGCGUGGAGUUUUGGGCCGAGAGUCUAGAGAGCCUGGAUCCGCCAGCAAGAAGCCGAUGCCAAGCCGAGGAUACGUGUUUGGAGAUGUUUCCAAGGGCAGUAAUGUAGAAACCAAGGAGAAGGCGUGUCAGACAGCCAGUAUGGGUAACGCUGAAGUGAAACUCAGCAAUGGAGAAGUGUUUUUCAUUACCGACGAUGUAACAGAAGAAGAUAAACAAGGAAAGAGGCAUCGAUUCUUGACUUUGUCUGACCAGGAUAAAGAUCGGGAAAAGAUUGUGUGUGCCAGGUUUUACGACUUGAGGAAAGAAUGCAAAAUAAAGCAUGCUUGGGCCAGGACAAUACAUACAUAUCAGGGUUCAGAGUCAAAUACGGUUGUAUAUAUCCUGGGAAACUGUGGCUUCCAGACCUGGCAGCAUGUCUAUACCGCAGUCACGCGAGGACGCAAGGCAGUGUAUAUCGUCGGCACUCCCUGUCGUCUCGACAUGGCGGUAAAGCACAAGAAUGAAACACGAAGGACCAGUCUCCGCGAAAAACUUUACAACUGUCUCUCAAGCCAGGAGGAAUCCAUCAAGUUAUGUCAGGAAAGAAUUCAGACCAGUCUGAGUGAUUACAGUAAACGGAGUACACAGAGCUGUGAAAAAUCACCACAGGAAAAAGCAGCCGUGGACCAACCACUGUUCGACAGUGACGACAGCUGGAUGAAGGACAUCGAUAACAGCACGUACGGUCUGGAGCUGAACGACUUCGAAACGCUGUUUCCAUCACAGACAGCCGAGGCUGGGGUGGAUACUUUUGAGAACGGCAAAACUAAUCCCUGUCACGAAACGUGCACCAGUUUCAUUUCUGGAGAUAACGCAGAAGGUCUACCUGAAGUAGAUUCUGUGUCUGGGGAUGGUGAUGGCGUGGACGCUAAGUCAGUGAAACGACAAGCACUAGUAGAAGGCCUUCGAGAGGUAAAGAUACAAACGCCUGUGACACCAGUGAGAAACAUUUUGAGGCAACUUAGUCUGGAUUUUUCCCUCUCUGAAGACAAGUGAUAGUCAUGUUGGGACUAUAGACAACAGAUAUAUUCGUACUGGGACUACAGACAAUAUAUAUAUUCAUACUGGGACUGUAGACAACAGAUAUAUCCAUACUGGGACUACAGACAACAGAUAUAUCCAUACUGGGACUACAGAUAGUGGAGAGAAAAUGGAACUGCAGAUAACUGCUAAAUAGACUAAAGGCGUCGCCACACAAUAUGAGUGCCUCUUACUAGAAUAGUCAGUUGUAUAGCAACCAAUGGAUUUGUAAUGUUUGUCUUGUCAGUCGGCUAGUCUGUUUGCUAUUCUCGUACAGCUGCUAGUGAGUGAGUGAGUGAAUGAAUGAAUGAAUGAAUGAAUGAAUGAAUGAAUGAAUGAAUGAAUGUUUAACAACACCCCAGCAAAACAUUCAUUCAUUGAUUCACUAGCAGCUGUACAAGAAUGAUUACAGCACUAUUAGCAGCCGAGUCAGGAGAGGACAGUAGUCCGUUCAGUCAUGAUGAAACAAUACUCACAAGGGUUGUUAAUUGUGUGCCCACUGGGCCCACAUGAUCCUUUAAUAUUUAUUUGGGUACUUUUUACACAUAUUUUUCAAUUAAUAGAUUUUAGAUAUAUUUUUAAUACUAUGUAAUGUAAUUAUUAUUUCAGCAGGAAAUAAAAUGUACUCUAUUGCAUGUAAUAUAUUUCUGUGUGAAACAUGUUGUUGGUGCUAACUGUUACUCAUGAAGGUUGCAUGUUCCCUGGCUAAAAAUAGCACACACUUUAUGGGGGGAGUAGUACAUGAAUAAGGUGGCAGGACAUAGCCCAGUGGUACAGCGCUCGCCUGAUGCGCCGUCGGUCUAGGAUCGCUCCCCAUCGGUGAACACAUUGGACUAUUUCUCGUUCCAGCCAGUGCUCCACAACUGGUGU